AUUGAGAGAAGUGCAGCGGUUGAGACACAAACAGCGGAAAAUUUAUAAGCGCAAGCAUUGUUGAUCUGGCAGUUCAGUUAAAAGCUACUUUAUACGCUUUCGAUUUAGAAAACAAAUUUAUUGUAUAAAAAACCAGUCAAAUAAGCAGAUAAGCGAAAGAAAUCAAGACGAUUUCAGUGUUAAUACACCAAAAGUUUAAGUAAUUUAGUGACAAAAUGGUUUGCGUGACGGAGGAUACUUUCGGCACCGCAGUCGAUCCUCUAACUAAGAAGAAGGAGGUGAUCAGACGCUUCACCAUCACCAACGAGCGCGGAAUGUCGAUGCAGUUGAUAACCUACGGUGCCACAAUCACAUCACUAAAGGUGCCCGAUUCGCAAGGCAAAGUUGACGACAUCACGCUAGGCUUUGAUAAUAUUGAAGGCUACUUAGCCGCAAAUAAUCCCUACAUCGGCGCUACAGUGGGACGCGUAUGUAAUCGCAUCGGCAAUGGAAGUUUUGUGCUCGAUGGCAAACGGUAUGAGCUCACAAAAAAUAUCUUAGGAAAGCACACGUUGCAUGGUGGCACUCAUGGCUUCAGCAAGGUCAUAUGGGAGGUGGAUCAUGUGCUGCCCAACGGUGUUGUUUUCAAGUUCAUUUCGCCCGACGGCCAUGAGGGCUUCCCCGGUGAAGUGGUGACUACCGCCACUUACACCAUCACCGAUGAUAAUUGUAUGCGUUUCUGCUUCGAAGCAACCACCAACAAACCGACAGCGGUCAAUAUGACUAAUCACGCAUACUUUAAUUUGGCGGGUCAUAAUGCCGGCAAGCGAGGGACGUCGGAGCAUAACGUUAAAAUCGAGGCCGGGAGCGUUACAGAUUUUGGUGAGGAUACUGUGCCUAAUGGCAAAUUUAUUUGCUUGGACAAUCACCCAUUGGACUUGCGAAAGCUGACGAAUAUGGGCGAUGGGCUGAAGAAAAUCGCCGGCAUCGCUAAUGGAUACGAUCAUAAUUACGUGUUUAAAUAUACACCUGGAUGUGUAGAAAAGCAAGCUAUUGUCUUCCAUCCACCAACCGGCCGCUGCAUGGAAGUUUCAAGCAAUCAGCCCUGCAUGCAGUUCUAUACUGCCAACUACAUGCCCGAUUUGGAGAAGAAAAAGGGUAAACAGAAAUCCGACCAGCCCAUGAUCGUCGGCAAGGGAAACAGCCUGUAUGAGAAGCACGGCUCAUUCUGCAUGGAGACGCAUUGGUUCCCGGAUGCUGUGAAUCAUGAAAACUUCCCUUCGGUUAUACUGAGACCCGGCGAGACAUACCAACAUGUCUGCAUAUUUAGGUUUGGCGUUUAUGAUCCCAAAUGCGAGUAAAGCUUAGGACCCAAAACAGUAAAUUCCGGAGGCAGCUGUUGCUAUAGAAAGGCCUAAAAAUUACGUAGAUGGAAGAAUAAAACCUCAUUGUAACUUGAACUUUACCUAAAAUAAGCAGAAAAUAGAAAACCUUACUAACCUAAAAGUAUUA